AUGACGGCCCCCCGCGCCACGCUCCUCGCUGGAGCGCUCUUUGCGCUCGUCGCGAUUGCGUCUGCCACAAACACGUGCUCGUCCGGCCGCUUCUUCGACUCGGGCGGCGGCAAGUGCCUCUGCGACGGGCAACGCGACGGCGUCCGCGGGAGCUGCAAGUCGGCGCCCGCAAAAUCCACCUCCAAGUGCGACGCCAGCAAGGGGUGGCUCUUCGGCACCUCCAACGUCUGCAAGUGCAAGUCCGGGACGCUCUUCGACGGCAAGGGCACGUGCAAGGCGUGCCCGUCCAAGUCCACGUCACCCAGCUGCAACCCGCGGCCGACGUGUCCCUCCGGACAUAAGGACGGCGGGAGCGGGAAGUGCGUCUGCGACCCCACCAUUCCGGCAGAGAAGCGGACGGCGAAGGACACGUGCAAGUGCACCUUGGCCCAGGGGACCGGGGGUUGCGGGGACCCGCACUUCGUUGGAGGCAAUGGCGUGAGGUUUGACUUCCAUGGUGUCCCUGAGAAGAACUUCUGCCUCAUUUCCGACAAGGCGUUUCACCUGAACGCGCACUUCAUCGGCCAGAACGGUCUCGAGACCGGCAUGGACGGCACGUGGAUGGACCAGCUGGGCUUCGUUUUUGUCGCCGGAAACAAGCAGCACUCCCUCUCGGUCCACCUCGUCUCUGAGGAGGACUUCGCCAGCAACGUCUCGGACAUCUUUCUCGUGGAGUACGACGCGUCUCCCGUCUACGUGAGCCUUCCCGCGAGCGGGAGCAACGUGUGGACGUCCGACGACGGGCUGGUGACCAUUUCCCGGACGUCCGACACGGCGAAGCUGACGCUGACGCUCGAGGGCCUUUUCCAGACGACGCUCAUCGCCAGCGAGCACGAGUUCCCGAACGGCCACCACAUCGACUUCAAUGUUGACGUCAUGAACAUCACCAGCUCCGCUCACGGCGUUCUGGGCCAGACUUUCCAGCCGGAACGCCGUCACGUGGUCGCCGGCAGCAGCGACUUGAAGAUGGACCAGACGGACGUCGUCGAGGGCGGCGACCACGACUACAUCUCCUCCGACCUGAUGGCCACGGACUGCAAGUUCUCCCGGUUCUCUGCCCCGAGCCUGGCGCCCCUCACCCGUCGCCUGCUGGGAGGCUCCCGGUUGGAGGAACCGGUCUUCUCCCACUCCCUGCGCUGCUCCAACGACGCCGGCUAUCUCAGCUGCAUGAUCUAG